CUGUCCCCGCGAGCCCAGAUCCGGCCGGUGGAGGCGACGGCCAGCACUAGCCCGGGGCCCGGGCGCGGGAGGCGGAGGCCAGAGGAGGCGGCCCGAGCGGCCAGGCGUGCGAGCCCUGCUCACCGGUGCGGCAUAGCUGGUGAAGUCUUUCUGUGAAGAAUAAGGAUACCUGAUUGUAAAAGUGCCCCACACGCACCAUCAACUAGGAAGCAAGGAGCAGUAUGACAGAACCAUCUAGCCGAGUCUGAAGUGUGAAGACCACCAUAUCCACCAGAAGACCCAGGAUGGAUGUGCACCAAAGUACCACAGUCAGGCUGCUGGAGAAACGGUGGUCCAGUGAGCCACCAUCUGGCUGCCGGAGACAUUAUAAUGCCAGAAAAAAACUGAAGCUAAUUCGGGUCAUUGGCCUUGUCAUGGGCCUGGUAGCUAUGAGCACUGUCCCAUUCUCAAUCAGUGCCUUUACUGAGACAGACACUCAGAGCAACACAGGAGAAGCCAGUGAUGUGAGUGGCCCUAGGGGAGCCCAGGGCCACCGUCAAAGAACUCUCUUAGAUUUCAAUGACAAGUUUCUAGAUGAUGCCACACAGCCACCCGCUUCUCAGGAAAGCAAAGCUGAGAACGGCACCGACCAUGCCCAGGGAGACUACCCAAAGGACAUCUUCUCCCUAGAGGAGCGUAGGAAAGGCGCCAUCAUCCUCCACGUCAUUGGGAUGAUCUACAUGUUCAUAGCCUUAGCCAUCGUCUGUGAUGAGUUCUUCGUUCCUUCCUUGACUGUCAUCACUGAGAAACUGGGCAUCUCUGAUGACGUGGCCGGAGCCACCUUCAUGGCUGCAGGCGGGUCAGCCCCUGAACUUUUCACGUCUCUUAUAGGGGUCUUCAUUGCCCACAGCAACGUUGGCAUAGGCACCAUUGUGGGCUCGGCCGUGUUCAAUAUCCUCUUCGUUAUUGGCAUGUGUGCUCUGUUUUCUAGAGAAAUCUUAAACCUGACAUGGUGGCCGCUCUUUCGGGAUGUGUCCUUCUACAUCGUCGACUUGAUCAUGUUGAUCAUAUUUUUCCUGGAUAACGUCAUCAUGUGGUGGGAAAGCUUGCUCCUCUUGACAGCUUAUUUUGGCUAUGUGGUUUUCAUGAAGUUCAACGUCCAAGUAGAAGGAUGGGUGAAGCAAAUGAUAAGUCGCAAUAAAGUUGUCAAGGUGACAGCCCCGGAAGCCCAAGCAAAGGUGUUAUGGUCUCCACACAGUGCCAGUCUUGUUGGUGUAAUGCCGCAGGCCUCCGAGACAUCACAGUUGUCAUCUACAUCCGGGGACAAGGAAGAGCCGUCUUUACCGGCUAAGCCGCGCCUCCAGCGAGGUGGGAGUUCUGCCUCUCUCCACAACAGUCUUAUGAGGAAUAGCAUCUUCCAGCUCAUGAUACACACCCUUGACCCGCUCGCCGAAGAACUUGGAUCAUAUGGAAAACUAAAAUAUUAUGACACAAUGACUGAAGAAGGGAGAUUCAGAGAAAAAGCUUCAAUUCUCCACAAGAUUGCCAAGAAGAAAUGCCAAGUGGAUGAGAAUGAGCGGCAGAAUGGGGCUGCCAAUCAUGUGGAGAAAAUUGAACUCCCCAACAGCACAAGUAUGGAGGUGGAGAUGACACCGUCGAGCGAAGCUUCGGAACCCGUACAGAACGGAAACCUCUCCCACAGCAUCGAAGCUACAGAUGCCCCGCAGCCCGCAGAGACCACAGAGGAAGAGGAUGACCAGCCCCUCAGCCUGUCCUGGCCGUCCAAUGCCCGCAAACAGGUCACGUUCCUCAUCGUCCUUCCCAUCGUGUUCCCUCUCUGGAUCACCUUACCUGACGUCCGCAAACCUGCUUCCAAGAAGUUCUUCCCUGUCACGUUCUUCGGCUCCAUCACUUGGAUCGCAGUUUUCUCUUACCUGAUGGUGUGGUGGGCACACCAGGUUGGAGAGACUAUCGGCAUUAGUGAAGAGAUCAUGGGUCUGACCAUCUUGGCUGCUGGGACCUCUAUCCCUGAUCUUAUCACCAGUGUCAUAGUGGCCAGGAAGGGGCUGGGGGACAUGGCCGUGUCCAGCUCUGUCGGAAGCAACAUCUUUGACAUCACUGUGGGGCUCCCCCUGCCCUGGCUCCUCUACGCCAUCAUCCACAGAUUCACGCCGGUGGCCGUGAGCAGCAACGGCCUCUUCUGCGCCAUCGUCCUCCUCUUCAUCAUGUUGCUGUUCGUCAUCCUCUCCAUCGCCCUCUGCAAGUGGCGGAUGAACAAAAUUCUGGGCUUCAUCAUGUUUGGCCUCUACUUCGUGUUCCUGGUGGUCAGCGUCCUCCUGGAGAACAAAGUGCUCGAGUGCCCUGUCUCCAUCUAGGGGAAAAGCCAUAUCUUCAACCCACAGCAUGGAUGGUCCCUCCCGGCUCUGGCCUCCGGGCUCCUUGCAGAAGCCUUGAGAAGGGGCAGCCUGUGCACAGCCCUGGGAGGCAAGCGUCCCCCCGUGGAGGGUGGAGGAAGGAUGGAUUCUCAUGGGGCCAUUCGCUUCACGGGCACCUCACCCUUGCCUGCGGAAACGACUCCGUGGAAGAGACAAAGAGAACCGUCUCUCCAUCACCACUGACAGGUACUCCUCGCUGGUCGGAGGUACAUUCAUUGGGAUGACGCGAAAGAGGACAGAGGCUACGCAUACACAUGAAUAUAAAUACUAUAAAUAUAUACACAUGAGCGUACAAAUCCUGCCUGUUUCUGUACUAUACCUCUCCUCCUAGACCUAUAGAUUAAUACAUAACUGUACACAGAAAGAGAAAUUAUAUAUAUAUAAACAUAUAUAUAUAUAUUUAAGUGCAAAUGCAUCUUUUCAGGGAUAGCUCUAGCAUAAUUAUAGUUCCUAUUUGAAGAGGGGCAUCAACCUUCAACCUUCAGUUUGUGGCUUUGCCUCUGGAGUGCAAAAGGUAAAUUAACAGAAUCGGUAGGCCGAGGGCUCUAUGCUGUGAUCUGCAGCCUGCUUUGGACACACUGAGUUGAGUGAAAUAGUUUGCAGAGAGGAGAGCUCAGAAGAGAGAGUCUGUUGGAGCCCUGUUAGAACCUCUAAAAUACUGUCACAAGCCAAAUGGAACCGAUCCCACUGGGAUGCUCUGACUGAGACCCACGGAAUUCCUAAAGACAGAGGGGAAACUCAGACCCAGACCGGGUGGCAACCGAAGGGAAACUGACGGAGGUUAGGUUGUUUCGUUUUGCUUUUUUCUUGUAUUGCCCCAGCAUGCAAGUAGAUGAUAUGAAUGAAAAAUCAAAUUAGUGCUUUUCUAGGACAGCAAACUUCUAUAAACCGAGCCUGUCUUGUUCCAGUGCAUGGCCCAUCAUCAUCAAAAGAACAAGGGCGAUCUUAGCCGUGGUUGCCGUCGGACAUGCUUUAAUGCCAAGGGCUCACACACAGUCCAAAGUCCUGCCAAGAGAGCUGAGAUGUGUGCCGAGAAACACCGUCCAGCAGAGGUGCUCAGUGGGAGUGGCCACUGAUGGGGACAUAAGGGCAUCAUCGCUCCUCAGAGCAUUUCUCAGUGUGGUCACAAAGGGCUGCCACAUCUAAGAAUCAUUCCCAGUAGAUCUAAACUAACGACUAACCGGGCUUGAUUGAGACAGUUCAGGCUUGUCUGAUCCGUUGGGUGCCCCUCCCACCCCAGAACAGUUUCCAAGUCCUGAGUCAUGAAUUUGGUGUAGACCUACGCACCGCCCCUUUCUCCAUCGUGAGCCCAUCCGGAACUCUAGUGUUCCGAGCCUGCAGUCCAUGGUUUCUUCACACUUCUUUGAAGCCGCCACUCUGAUAUUGUGGUUUACUGAUUUUGCUCAUCUUCACAUAGGAUCACCUCAUUCACUCCCCCCACACACACACUCUGUCCAACACCUUGUGUGAUUUCUCCGGUUUAUUGCAGUAGGAAAUGAAACCGCUUGACAGCCACAGGACAAACUAAACUGAAAACUAAACAUGCAGUUUUUCAUUUUUCCAAAACCAUGCUUUCUCCUUAAAAUCCUUUGAAAAGUUUAACAGAGGGUGGCCACCUCCGUGUAAAUUGGCACAUUCCAUACGAGGAGAGUGUCGCCAGGCAUUCAGGUUCUGAUCUGUCACUGCGCCUUGUCUGACUGUGUUCUGAACACCACUUAAUAUAGGGAGGUGGGGCGAAGAACUCAGACUGAAUAAAAAGGUCAGGUGACCCAAUAACCCGGAUCAAGUUCACCCUUCCAUCCACAAAACCUCCAUUCAUUUACAGAACAUGACAACAGCAGGCAGAGCCAAGCCCAAGACCUCUUUACACUUAAGCACAUGGCGCUGCAAAGUGGAGGUCCCCUGAGAACACAAGAAAUCAAAAGGUCUGCCAACUAAGAAACUGGUUUUCAAGUCUCUCCAACAAUGCAAAGUUGGGUUUUUGGUUUGGUUUGAUUUUUUUCUUUCCUUCCUCUCUCUCUCUCUCUCUCUCUCUCUCUCUCUCUCUCUCUCUCUCUGUGUGUGUGUGUGUG